CCGAUAUGGCGUGAGGAACAUGGUCGCACAGCCAUGAAACGCGUGCCAAGGGAUGUGUUCGCCCAACAAGCAAGUACCUAAUUGUCCGAGCACGUCGCAACAUCUUCUGGCAAUGUAAACCGUUACUCCACUCUUCACGAUGGCAUCCCCACCGCACGACAAGACGAGGGCAGUCGCCGAAUCAGACUACAGCGCCGACGAGCGCACGCUUUGCGAACGCGCCUCUGACGACGAGAGCUACGAUGGCAGGCCAUCCGGAGAUCUGUCAGACGCCGAUCGCGAUAUUUUGGAGUCGGAGGACGAGCGGGAGCGGUUGUUGACGCAGAAGGAGGGUCUGCCGGGCUUAUCUGGCUUGUUCAAAGGCAAAGGGGUCAACAUUGGGAAGCGGGUGAAGCAGGAGAUGCGAGAGCGAAAGAGGGACCAGGAGGAUGAAUCGAGCGCGCUCAUGUACGAGAUGGGAGAGGGGAUUGGAGCCUCGAACUUUGACCUCAGGUCGAGACGCAGCUCUGAGAGCGACGUGCAGCGCCUGGUUGCGAACAAGGCGCAGAAGAACAGGAGAGGUCAGCUAUGGCGGCGACUCUGCAUAUACGUAUCUAUUGUUGUGCUCUUCGUGUUUCUCCUCGCAGCUGCAUAUCGCCUCUCUACACCAGCGGACAGCAGAGCCACGGCGACGAUGCUAUCAAACGGAACCUCCCUCUUCGCACCCACGACUAUCUUGAUUUCCCUCGACGGCUUCCGCGCCGACUUCUUGUAUCGCAACCUCACGCCCACACUGAACCAAUUCAUACAACAAGGCAUCUCGCCAGAGUACAUGCUGCCCAGCUUCCCCAGCGUCACCUUCCCGAACCACUACACAAUGGCCACAGGCAUGUACCCAGAAGCGCAUGGUGUCGUCGGGAACAGUUUCUGGGACCCGGCGCUCGAGCAGGAGUUUUACUACACAGAUGCGGAGCGGAGCUUGCAGCCACACUGGUGGGGAGGAGAGCCCAUCUGGGUGACGGCCGAGAAGCAGAAUGUCCGGUCUGCAGUACACAUGUGGCCAGGCUCUGAAGCACACAUUCUGAACCAAGACAUCGCCUAUGUGGACAAGUACAACGGCUCUGAAAAGCUGUCUAACAAAGUCGACCGUAUCAUGAAUCUCCUCGACACCCCAGGCCCCAUGGACAUUGGCGCAGCGUCCGAAACACCACGACCCCAGCUCAUCGCAGCUUACGUACCGGACGUGGAUGGAGACGGUCACAGAUAUGGACCCAACAGCACCGAGAUCCGGAAAACUAUCUCCAAAGUUGACUCGAUGCUGGGAGAUCUCCUCGCAGGCCUGCACGCGCGCAACCUGACAAAUAUCGUCAAUGUCGUUGUUGUCUCCGAUCAUGGUAUGGCCACGACAGACGUCUCACGCCUCAUUCAACUAGAAUCUCUCAUCGAUCGUGCGGAACUAUCCCACAUCGACGGCUGGCCGCUCUAUGGUCUGCGUCCCAAGAACGAAUCCGAUCUGAAUCGUUUGUACGAUCAGUUGAAGGUUAAAGCAGAGAAGAACCCAAAUAUCGAGGUCUACCUUCGUGACGUAGACAUGCCCGCACGCUACCACUUCUCGAACAAUGACCGCAUAGCGCCCCUGUGGAUCGUGCCGAAGACCGGUUGGGCGAUUGUAACGAAAGACGAGUUUGACGUCGAAGUAGGGAAGAAGAAGGGCGAAGUGUACCAUCCGAGGGGACUGCAUGGCUACGACCACGAGCAUCCGCUCAUGCGGGCGAUCUUCGCAGCGAGGGGACCUGCUUUCCCGCAUGCGCCGGGGAGUCGCAUGGAGCCUUUUCAAAACAUCCACCUCUAUAACAUGAUCUGCGACUCUAUCGGCCUCCACCCCGCGCCCAACAACGGAACUCUUCGUCUCCCUCUCACACCUGUGGGUCUACAUAACGACACGACUGUAAAUUCAUAUGUACCUGAGGAUCCCGUCGCAACACCGUCUUCCCCUGUCUCAUCAGAUCUCGCUUCCCCCGAUCCCACCUCCUCCAGCAUCGCAGCAUCCGCUUCCGGCUCAAACGAAGAACAGCCCCAAACUACCACCGUCCCCGCCGCCUCGCCCACGGGCAGCGCCCCGCCACAAGCAACGGACGCAGACGGCAAGGAGGACUGGUGGGAGUGGUUCACGCACAAAGCGGACGAGGUGGGGGAGUGGAUUGAUGACGUCUGGCACAAGCAUGUACCGGGGAAAGAAGAAGGUGCGGCGAAAGAUCCCGCGGAUUCGUAGAUUAUGGGGCAGUUUAGAGUGGGAGUUUUAGCCGUUUUCUUGUUCUUUAGAAGGGAGGGAGUUGGGUUUGCUAGUUUGUUGCUUGGAAAUGAUACCCCGUUUUUUUCACUCAGGGACUUGUUGGGAUUGAUGGAAGUGUGAGAGUACAGUGCUAGCUAUGAGUGUCUGAGUGAAUGAGUUUAUCUGCUACACAGAGCGUGAGAACAGCAGGUAAAAUACUGAUAUCAGG